AUGCCUGAUGCUUCACGACAACAAGAGCAGCGAAUUCGACGACCCGCUGCACAAAGAGCAAGAGUGCAUCGACAUGCGGCAGUGAGAUACGCACCGGGUGCUGGUGGCGAAUCAGAGAUCAGUUGUUGUGUCAAAUACAGUGUAUUCGCGUUCAAUGUGAUUUUCUUCUUGCUCGGAUUCGCUCUCCUGCUCAUCGGUACUUGGGCACAAAUCGAGAAAACAAGCUUGUACAGUCAGCUAAACAAGGCAUCAAAACUCUACUUGGAUCCAACUUGGCUACUCAUCCUAGUAGGAUUAGUCACUUUUAUCAUUGGAUUCAGUGGAUGUGUCGGAUCGCUUCGGGAAAACACUUCCUUCUUGACGUUUUAUUCUACUUUGUUAGGUCUCCUAUUGAUUGCUGAGUUGGCGGCGGGUGUCUUCGCGUAUGCAUGCAAAGAUCAGCUGGAUCAAUACAUACGGCGUUUGCUCAAUGAUGUGAUCCAAGGUUAUCGAGACGAUCCUGAUUUGCAAAUUCUCAUAGACUCCAUGCAGGAAUCAUGGCAUUGUUGCGGCAUCAAUAGUGCAGAUGAUUGGGACAAGAACAGUUACUUUAGCACUGGAUCUCAAGAUAUUCAAUCUCCCGAAGCUGGUGGCGUUCCAUUUUCCUGCUGCCUGAAUAGCAGCGUUGUCACGUUUAAAAACUAUUUCUGCGGACAUGGAGUGAGAUUACGGGAUCAAAAUAUGCCCGCAUCGAUUUACACUGAAGGGUGUUUGCCGAAGUUUCAGCUAUGGCUUAACAACAAUGUGAUCCUCGUUGGAAUUGGGAUGGUGAUUGCUGGUGUUGUACAGAUUAUGGGAAUUUGCUUUGCACAAAACUUGAAGAGUGAUAUUUUCGCUCAACGAUCCAAAUGGACAUCCCAACGCUUUUGGACUGGCUUCGUGAUGGAAAACCUUGGUCGAAUUCUUCAAAAGUUGGGUCUGAAGAAGCCACCGCCUCCAGAGACACCACUGGAACCCGAAAGACCGCCCCCAAAAGACGUCCAAGAGCUGAUUGAUCGGCUACCGGAAGCCUAUAAAAAGUAUCGCAAACGAGAAUUACCCUAUCGGCUUGCAUCAGCGGUUGCAUUUAUUGUUCUUUGCAUUGUAUGCGGUACACUGGCAUGGAAGAAUACACAAGUUUAUCGAGCGCCCAUGGACAACGUGCCAAAAGAUUUAAGAAAAAUCGAUUUAGAGGUCACUCUUCAUAUCGUACCGACGAGCAAAUUAUUUCUUGAUAAAGUGCCUCUUUUGGAAGAAAGGAUUCUGGCUCGUUUAAAUGAAGGAGAUCUACCCGUCGCAUUGAAUAUUCGAUGGAACAUUCAAUGCCAUGGUUUUAGGAAGCUUGCAUCAUUACAAACGAAUACUGAGCGGGGUCUAAACGUGUAUUUGGCAUUGGUCGAUCCUGCUGAAUGGACACAUUUCUCAGCUAAUCAUGCAUUUAUGACGUGCUCUCAAUGGACUUUGAUUCAAUUUGGUGAUGAUUUGGAGAAAAUGGCUCAAAGAAUAGGAUCCCUUGUUUGGGAGGUUCUCAUCGACGUCCCGCAUCUUGAAUCAAUAGUCAAAAGAGAUCAGAGAGAGCUGAUGCCCGCCUGGCAAAUCGCGACACUUCCCCUUUCACAUCAGAAGCGACUUGUUUGGGACAGUGCUGCGUUGGCUGGAGAAUAUGUUGUUCAAAUCGUAUUCCUUCAUCAAAAUGCGAAACUUGAUGAGGAAGUGAAGCAACGAGCGACUAGAACGACUAGUAAUUUUUGGCGCUUCGCCUCCCGGAUCAAAAAUGUAACACGACUACAGAUAACGAGUGAACAUCUGUGGGAUUUCGAGGUGAUGCAUUAUUUGGAAAAGGAUGUUCAAGAUCGAUGGACUCUUACGGCCGAUUCGACACAAAAUGUGAUCAAAGAGGUGGACAUGCAGAUGCAGACGGUUGAAAGCGCUUCACCCGUGUUGAAGAUGAUCGUUUUGGAGACUGACAUGCCUGUCAUUAUUUUGGAUCAUACAAACGAGGAUAGCAAAGGAGUGGCGGUAGCCUCUUGGGGAGCUCUUGUUGCACGAAACGAUAAAACUGAUGCCCAUCUCUUGUCAUCUUUGCGCGUUCUACUUGGCAUGGAUUCUGAAUUGGAAGGAGGACGUGCAAGAGAACCGUGCCCUGUCAACGAAUGGGAGAUUUCGAGAAUGCAUCUUCGUGCUUUUAUCGAUAACACGUUGAGAACAAGGAGUGCUAUUCGAGCACUACACAGCAUGAAGGACAAAAUACCAGAUAUUGUAAUAUCCGAUGAUGUGGCUAGUUUGGUCAACGAGGCGUUGACUCCUCUGAAUCAAUGGAAUGAUCCCCACAAUCCUGAUUUAGCGACGAUCUCAAAGGCUCGACUAAAGGCAGAUAAGGCUUUGUCUCAUCCUUCAUUGCUCGCUUUGCUAUAUUUUCCACAGGAUCAAAAGACAGCCGUCCUUCUUCCGAUCAUUGCUCCACUUUCACUACCUCUACUCGGCUCCGUUUGGACACUAUGGAAAUUAGGAAGAAAAUGGCAGUUUGUUGUUUUGCUCUCGUGUUCUCUGCUUUAUUAUCAAUGGACUCAAAAGAUUUUACCGGUUGUCAUUGCUCACUUUUUAUAUCGUAUCCUUUUGAAUUGGUUUCAAAUGGUUCAUUUGGAGGAGAUCACCGACGACAAUGAAGAGCAAAAAGCGAGUCGAGCGCUUCACCACAAAGAACACGGGAAUAUCUGCUUUGGGAAGAAACAUUAUCAUGGAGCCAUCGUUGAGUACACUCGAUCACUUAACUACAAACAGGAUGCACUUGUUUACGGUAAUCGAGCACAGGCAAACAUUAAUUUGAAGCGAUGGCAGAGUGCUCUAAUGGACUGCAAUCGGGCACUACAACUUGAUCCAAAGUUUACGAAGGGACUUUAUCGGAGAGCUCUCGUUUUGGAUGCACUUGGACUUCAUGAGAGUGCAGUGACCGAUUUGGAUCGUCUCAUCAAAAUGGCAGGCGAUGCAGCUGCAAAAACAUUGAAAGAGAAGAUCGGAGUGAAAAAAAAUGCACCCAAUGUUACGUUAAAGUGUGUUCCGAGAGGCGACGAAUUGAGAGCGGAUGAUGAGGAUUGGAUUACGGUAGAUUUCGAUGAAGUUGCAACAUUAAACACUAGCGAUAAGACAAACACCACAGCAUCAACUUCAGCAUCACUUGAAAGAAAAACCAACGAAACGUUUGAGCCUCCAAAGAUUUUUGCCGAUUUUGAUUUUGCUUAUUCCAAACUUCAACAUAAUCCAUCAGCUUUCGCUCAUUAUUGCUUACAAAUUCCAAGGGAACGAGUCCGAUUUCUGCUUGAUUGUCUUUUCGAAGCUCGUCAUUUGAAAUUGUUAUUACAUGGCUUUUUGAUCAUUGAAAGAGAAGUAUCAACCGAUGAUUUGGCUUCAUUCUUUUCGCGACUUUCUUCCAUUAAUGGCGUCGAUUUAGCUACAAUGUUUCUAGAAGAUGAUGAAAAAGGAUAUCUCGAGGAGUUACUACAAAGACUAAAUCUACAAGAGAUUGCUGUGAAUUUCGGUUUG